GGUUGAUGAUGGCUACGGUAAAGACGUGUGUCAGUUUCGCUGCGAGGAUUUCAAAUAAUUUUGCUUGGAAAAACAGAGAAGGAUCUCGAGUCUUAAGUCAUGGAGUGCGAUACCUGUCAUCAAGGACAACCUUCAAGGCAUCAGAUCUACAAAUUGAAUUUUGUACACCAGAUCAGCUGAAGAAAAAGCCAGCUGUAUCAGAUCUAGUAUUUGGACGUCAUUUCACCGACCACAUGCUGGAGAUCUACUGGGAUGAUAAGGCUGGAUGGGGACAACCAAGAAUUACACCAUUCCAUGACCUAAGGCUUCAUCCAGCUGCUAAGGUCCUCCAUUAUGCUGUAGAGUUAUUUGAGGGGAUGAAGGCAUUUCGAGGUCGAGAUGAUGAAAUCAGACUCUUCCGUCCUGACAAAAACAUGGAACGCAUGAAUCGCACGGCUGCUAGAUCUGCUCUCCCAAAUUUUGAUGGAAAUGAAUUGAUUGAAAUACUCAAAAAACUCAUCAGCAUUGAUCAAGAAUGGGUGCCCCAUGCAGAAUCCUCAAGCUUAUAUAUUAGACCUACUAUGAUAGGUACUGAGCCAACAUUAGGUGUGCAACGUCCCACCAAUGCCCUGCUCUUUGUUAUCCUGUCACCUGUUGGGCCGUAUUUCUCCAGUGGAUUCAAACCCGUGUCUCUGUUGGCCGACCCUGAGUUUGUACGUGCUUGGCCUGGUGGCUGUGGAAUGAUGAAGAUGGGAUCUAAUUAUGGACCCACUUUAGCUAUCCAGAAAAUUGCAGAGGAACGAGGUCUUCAGCAAGUGUUGUGGCUUUUUGGGCCAGACCAUAAAAUCACAGAAGUUGGAGCAAUGAACAUUAUGGUUUUCCUUGAUAAGGGAAAUGGAGAAAAGGAGCUAGUGACUCCACCCCUACAUGGGUUAAUCCUGCCUGGAGUUACCAGAGACACACUUUUAACAUUAGGAAGACAAUGGGGAGAAUUCACUGUAAGUGAGCGUGACAUUACAAUGGCUGAGGUAGUCCAAGCAGAAAGUGAAGGAAAGCUAUUAGAAAUAUUUGGUGCUGGAACUGCGGCUGUUGUAACACCAGUGGGGGAGAUCCACUAUCAGGGAAAAGUUAUAAAGAUGCCCACUUUGAAACCCGAAGAGUCUCUUGCACAGCGCUACUUUAAUACUAUCAAAGAGAUCCAGUACGGCCAUGUCUCUCAUGAAUGGAGUGUUCCUAUUGAGUGAUGAAUUCAUAUUAAAAUGUCUUAAUCUAUACAAUGCAAAAUUAGAAGUUUACUAAUGAAAAGAAUCAUAGUAAGUACAACAGUAUACUUCUGUAUUGUGUAUCACAAUCAAAAUGUUAAGAACUGAACAUGUGAUAGGCCUUAUAGUCAGUUAUGACAGCUGUAGAAUCACUUUACUUAAUUAUUUAAGUUCAAGCAAUGACAAAACAAGCAAAGGUUAGAGUAGUUGACAUAGACAAUCCACUUUGCAUAUGGUUUGGUAAGUAGUUUACAUAUACUAUGCAAAAGUAGGAUGAAAACCAUUUCAACUUUGUCAGAAUAAAUUACUUAGUUUAGAGCCUCUGAAAGUACACUUUAUAUAUAGCUGUAGAACAGAUAGAUGUGCAGAUAACUGAGGUAUUUUCUAUGCUUUAGUUUACAUAACUUGAAAUAUGGAAGGCAGCUUCACUUGAGUAAAACUAGGAAUUGUAUUUUAUUAUAAGGUGCAAAUUGUUGAAGAGGAAUUCAGGGCAAUAUUCAGCAUGGUAAUUUUAGUUCAUAUAUAUUUUUUUUAUAGUAAAUUAAUUUCAAUACAUUUGCUAGAAAUUAAAAAAUUUGUGUCCACAGAUGUGUGUAUGUGUUCAUGCGUGCAUGUGUGUGAGUGCCUGUGUAUAUGUUGUAUUUUGUUUGUUUUGUAUGCACAUUCAGAAUGCAUAUAUCAUUCUGUAGAUAAAGAAGCUCAAAUAUGCUGUGGCCCAGUAUCUUCCAGAAUAUUUGUUGCCAUACUGUUAUUGCAACUGAAAAAUCUCCCAUUAAAAACAAUGCUAAAUAUUGAUCAUACCAAGGAACAAAGACAAAAUAAAUGACCUGAGGUUCUAAAUAUUCUAGGACAUGGAUCUGUCAAAAGUAAUAAGUUGUCUUUACAUCAAUGAUUAAUCAGAGAAUCUCAUACCUAUUGCUGGUAUCAUUUAAUUGUAUACCAAAGUUGUAUUUUCUCUAAUUUAAUUCAUUAGAGAUUAGGAAUUGGAACAAGGGGCAUCAGGGAAGGUGGUUGUGAUAUAGGUAACUGUAGGGGUAACUAAGAAGACUGUUUUCAGGAAAGGUUACAGUCUUGUGGGCAUAUAUAAGGGUUUUCUUCAGAAUAUGGGUGAUGAGCUUAUGCAUCACUUUAGAAGUAUGGUGAUAAUGAAAAUAAAAUUUGCAACAUUAUUUUUUUUACAAUAAAACAAUGUAUUUUUCCUCCAUAGAAGAAAUAUGAAACAUAAAUAUAUUUAUUUUCUUCAUGCAGACUGUAUAUUUAUUUAGUUAUUUUUUCUCCAUGGUCUUGGAGUGUAAUUUAUGUUCUUUUUUUGAUCUUGGCAAAUCCAAACCCGAAUUAAUUAAAUGAAAACAUAUAAUAUGUUAUGUGUUUACUUUGGUUGAUACCAAGAGAUACUCCCUAUUGUUAGAUUUUCCAUGUUAAGAAUGCAACUCAAAGGGAUUUUUGUUUUCCAUAAUGAAUAUGACACUAUCAAGAAUUUUUACCAUUUUUGUUGUGAUAUAAAGCCUUGCAAAUUUGAAAUUAAUAAGGCCUAAUGCUGCAGUUCAAGAUGUUAUCAUUGUAUAAUAGACUGUGGAGUGGGGAACAGAUACAAAAUUGUGUGGAAUGUGGUUUUAUAAUUAUAAAUAAACCCAUUGCUGCUGGUCAUCACUCUGUCUACUGUAGUUUAUUUUGUGAAUUUUGUUUGCUCAUUUGAUGGCUCCAUCCAUCAAGGAACCAAUUAGUAAGCCUAUGUGACCUCACGUGAUUUGUCUUUUCCUUGGGUUUUCAUGAAAAUUUAUUUUUCUCAAUUGCUAUUGACAUUGUUGUUAUUGCUAUUGACUUUAUGAUUAUUGUAAUGUUAACAAAACUAACAGCAAUGGCAGAUUUUUUUCUCCAAAAAUCAAGGAAAAGGGUAAACAAAUGAGAGAGAUAGGACAAGUAAUUGACUAUAGUGAUUAAGUACAUGUGGAGCCAUCUGUGCGUAAAGACAAUUGAUAAACAAAAAACGUGUUAGACAUAGUAUGUAUUUUUGCCAUCCCAACAUUGGGUUAAGGAGGAUUAUUUUGAUGAUGUUAGUGAUAAACUUUUUGCAGAGGGCUUCAUUUUUCACAUCAUAAACAGAGAAGAUGCUCAUAAUCUGCACAAGUAAUUUCAUUCACUUAAAACUUUUUAAUAAUAUUUAAUAUGAUAAUAUUUUAUUUGUUUGGGCCAUUCUCAUUAAAUUUAUGCUGUAAUAGUUUGCAGUAGAUUAUUAAAGGACCAAGUUAAAGAUCUUAUUAUAUGCUGUGUUGCACAUUAUUUACUUGACAGAAUAAAGGGGUAUAACUAUGUGUGAAUAUAUGCCAUAUUGAAGAUGUAGUUAAUGAGACUAAAUUGUUUUUGUUUUGAUAAUGAUUGCACUGUUAAUGCAUGUCAUAUGCAGUCUUUCACAUUUUUUAGAUUAUAAAAACAUAUAAUUCUGUGAUGCAUACAAUUUGCAAAAUAAUGUAUUGGCAUAUAUUUUCAUUUUAUGGAAAAGUGUUGUUUAUUCUCAUCAGAUUUCUUGUAGAUAGGAGUACUUAACAUAGUUGUGUAUUUAGUGAUCUCACCCAUUACAAAAGUUGAUGUACAUGUAUAUAAAUGGAAAUAUUUUUAGAAGUAGUUUUGUAGUGAUAUCUUUUAGGUUUCCUGUAUAUUUCUAUGUUUCUCAUGUGCUACUUUCCAGUCAAAGAGAAUAAUUUAAAAGUGUAGCUGUUUACAAUUUCAGUGAAAUAAGGAUAUAUAUGUGUUCACAUAAUUGGUUUGAUAAUAGAAUAUCAUGUAUCCUAUAUUUUUCUCCUUGUCUUAUGAUCUUCCAUUCUGAUAUUGAGAGCAAAAUCUGGAUAUUAAGUUGAACAAGUCAGUAUCACUUCAGAAUAUGACUGGUUAAUUACAGAUUAGGGUAUAAAUAUGCAAUACUGAUAAGCAGUUAUGUAGGAAGUGAGACGGAUAUGGUAAUAACAUCACACUGUUCACAUUGUCAGUCUGACUUAUGAUAAACCUGGGUACCAGUCAGUGUCCCAGUUUAUGAUUAUUUCCACCUUUAAAAAAUUGUCUUUCAUAAAGGAGAAUGGAAAAUCAGAUAUGGUUUACCAUUGUGACAAUGUUAGUUGACAAGUGAAGAAAUAUUACAAAUUUGAAUUAUUAUUGUUAAAAAGUUGCUUGCAGUCAUGUACAUACAAUAAACUAUAAAAUGAAA